CUGGCAGCUAAAGCCUCCAGGAUCAAAAAUGAAGUAUGGGACCCUAAAACCCGAAAAUUUCUUGGAAAGACGCCAUCACAUUGGGCGUUAUGCGCAAUCUUCUACACAGUAUUCUAUACAAGUAUACUUGUCUUCUUCGGGGCGUGCUUGGCAGUGACAUUUGUCUAUUAUAUAGACAAGAGAUCGCCCAUGGUCUAUGGCAAUGCUGGAGCAAUAGGAAAUAAUCCCGGAUUGAGUUUUCGCCCAAUGCCUUGGGCCAAGUCAACAAUGAUCUACUUCGUUCAAGGAGAUAAGCAGUCUUUUGCACCUAUAAUUGCCAACAUCCGGGCACAUCUGAUACAAUACGAGAACCAAAACCAGGACGGCCGAAACUAUAUCCAGUGUGGUUACGGUGUCAGACCCCGAGAGAAAGUCUGUACUUUCAAUUUGGAUCUUCUGGGACCCUGUAUAUGGAAGGAAGAGUACGGAUAUAAUGACGGAGAGCCAUGUGUGAUUUUAAAAUUAAAUAAGUUGUAUGGCUGGGAACCUGAACCUUACGACAACAACACGCGGCCACCGGAACUAGGAGACAGAUGGAGGCCAGAUCACGUGGGGGUCACGUGUGAAGGAGAUACGGACACAGAUAAGGAAAACAUGGGACCAAUAGCAUAUUAUCCGGAAGAAGGAUUCCCCAAUUAUUACUUCCCUUAUCUCAACCAGCUUGGGUAUCGUUCACCGCUCGUCGCCGUCCACUUUGAGCGCCCCACAAAUAACGUUCUUCUACGUAUUGUGUGUAAAGCGUGGGCUAAAAAUAUAGAGCAUAACUUAGAUCCUCUCUGGUUGGCGGGAGUCGCAAAGUUCGAGAUCCUCGUGGACGGGAGAUUACCUCAUUAACUAACAAGAUGGCUGAGCCUUUUUUAUUUUUAUUUAUUUAUUUAUUUAUUUUUUUUUUUUGCCAAGAAGUAUCGGUGUCCAGUGAAAACAAUACCAUUUCAGAGUAAAGUAAUAAGUGUUAAGUUCAGUUCUUAUACACAUAUGCGUCUCAGCGUGGUUAAAAAUGGUCAUUUUUUGGCCCUUAGUGCACGUUAACGCUGUCGCCUCCCUGGAGAGGACACAGUAGAAAUGUAUGCAUGUCUUGCUCUGAUACCAGUGCGGUAAAUAUAAAGAUGGAUUUUCCUUGCCAGAAUACUGUCUGAAUAAUUGGCAAAAUAAUGCAAACUUAUGGAAAUGGCCAGUGUUGUUUGGGAAUUUGAGUUCCAGUUUAAGGAAUCGGAUAUGUAUACAGAAAAUGUAAUAUAUAUAUAAAGUAUUGACAUGGCAAAUGGGUCAAUUUGAACAUUUCAUUUUUGAAAUGCUAUGUAAUGUAAUAUAAUAUAACGUAAUUUAAUGUAAUUAAAUGUAAUGGAGUCCUCAAGAGUGCCUUGU